AUGGCCGCAAUAAAGCGUUAUAAAAAGCAAACUGCAAAUUGUCAUGGGGAAAGAAGUUGGAAACAUAGCUGGUUCCAAAAGACAUAUACUCAUGAGAUUCUUCAGAUGAUGUUCGUCUCUGGUGAGACUGCCGAGCCCUCUGCUGAAACAACAACCUUGAUUGAAGAGAUUGUCCGUCAACAAGUGAUCGAAAUUCUUUCUCGGAGCACUACAUUAGCGACCCGCCGAGGGGUUCGCUCUAUAUCCACCGAUGACCUGAUUUUUCUUAUUCGCCAUGACAAGGCUAAAGUGUCACGCCUAAAGACUUUCCUUUCGUGGAAAGAUGUUCGAAAGAACGUCAAGGACUCUGACGAUAAAGGUGGCGCCGAUGCUGCUGAUUUUGCCGGCGCUGAUGACCCCAUCGCCGGCGGCGUGGUUGCAGGACCCCAAGAUGUCGCGUCCAAACCCAAGAACAAGAGAGCGAAGGUUGGUCUGGCGUGGGACGUCAAUAGUUUCUACUCGAUUCAAGUUCCUGAGCGCGACGAUGAGGAAGACGAGGAAGAGGAGGAGCAGAACUAUGCGACACUCCAGCGCUUGGCCACCGCAGACGAGCGCACCAAGAACAUGACCCGAGAAGAGUAUGUUUUCUGGUCCGAGUGUCGCCAGGCAUCUUUCACAUACCGUAAGAGCAAGCGAUUCCGUGAGUGGGCUGGGUUCGGCAUCGUCACCGAGUCCAAGCCCAACGACGACAUUGUCGACAUCCUGGGCUUUUUGACCUUUGAAAUCGUCCAGACCUUGACCGAAGAGGCCCUCAAGGUGAAAGAACGGGAGGAUCGUGAGAAGAAAGGCCGCGGCGGUGGUGAGAACGGCGGCGGCGAAAACAGCAAGAAACGCAAACGCGAGACGGGCCUUUUCGACCCUCCCGAGGAAGGACGCACCCCCGUCGAGCCCAGACAUAUCCGCGAGGCAUACCGCAAACUGCAGGCCACGCCCAACAAGUCCGUCGCCAUGCUGUUGCACAACGGACGGAUGCCGGUCCGCACCCCGGUGAGACUGGUAAGUUCCCUCGUCUUGCCUGUUCAUAUUUGCAGAUGCAUGACUGACAGGUUCAGAUCUAAGUUUGGACGCCUUUGGCCGGGAGAUCUUGGAAUUGAUUUAAAGGUGCUAUGGUGUUAUGUUGUAUUGAUACCCAAAUGA